AUGCCUGACCUUCGCCGCCAGGUGCUCGAGAGUGGCAAAACCAUCUCUCGCAAAGCAGCUUCUCGAGAAGGUUCUCGUCGCACUUCGCGCGCAAACUCAGCUCAGAACUCUCAUCACACUUCCCGAAAUGCAAGCAGACAAGCGUCUGAUGACGAAGACGCGGGCUACCUUAGCGACGAUACCGCCAUUAGCCUCGGAUCUUUAGAUGAAGCCGACACCCUCGACGCAGAGGUUAAUAACGGUGACUGGGCCCAUGAGCUCAACGAAGUCGUCGAAGAUAUCCUAGAUCGCAAGCGCAGCAGUGUUUUGGGUCGCGAAGAGACCUAUGCUGCGUACUGCCGCCUUUCCAAGUUCCACUUUGUGGAGGAGUCGAUUCGCCGUCGCGUAACGGAUCUUAUGGCUGCGUUUUGCCGCAGCAUUAAAAAUGAGACUAGUGUGCGCGAGUCUACACUCGCCAUGCGCGCACUGGAGCUUUUGACUAUUACCGCGUCGGACUAUACCAUCUUUGAGAACGUGGAGCCGCUACUCAGCCGUACGAUCCGUGACUCGACGUCAAACGCUGUCAAAGCGGCGGCAAUUCACUGCUUGGGGACAUGUACCAUGUUUGGUGGUGCUGGAGACGAUGGUAUUCAAGACCAGAUGACAUUUCUUCUGGAUAUAGUGGCCACGGACGGGCAAUCCAUCGAUGCGCAAGACGAUUCUGCUUGUGUCACCGCGGCGCUCCAGGAAUGGGGCUUCAUGGCCACGGAGAUCGAAGAUCUCGAAAACGAAAGCGAAGAAUCGAUCCAGAUCUUUAUGGAUCAGUUGACUAGCGGCGAUUCCAGCGUUCAGGUUGCCGCUGGGGAGAAUAUCGCUUUGCUAUACGAAAAGAGCUACACACCUCAAGAGGACGACGACGAUGAAGGUGAGGACGAGGACGUUGAUGGCGAGCACGGCAGCGACUCCGAUGAAGGGAACUUCCGUACGGGGCCCAAACUAAUCAAACGCUACAAUGCGUACCACAACACGCCCGAGCUCGAGCGCCAGCUCCAAUCCCUGGCCGCAGUCCACACCAAACGGAUCAGCAAGCGAGACAAGAAGACCCUGCACUCCAACUUCGCAUCCAUCCGCACCACUGUCGCAAAUCCGCGCCGCGGCCCGAUGUACAAUACCGCCAUCGACCAAAAUACCAACCGCCACUAUGGCAACAAGCUCACUGUGAAGAUUGGCCGCCAGGGUGUGAUGCACAUCGACCGCUGGUGGAAAUGGAUCCGCCUGAACGCCCUGCGCCGCAUCUUGCAGGGCGGCUUUGCCGUCCACUAUUUCCAGGGCAAUCGUGCGGUCCUGGAUAGUCUUCCCGUGGUGAUGGUUCGUAUGGACACGCCGGCUGACCGCAACGCUCCUAAGAAGGCAGCUAAGAUGCGACAAAACCGACGGUGGGCCAAGCAGGAGUACUCCGAUGACGACUAA